CCUCACAAGAAGCUCAAUUUCAGCCACAAUGGGGAAGUCGAAGCUUAGUGACUUUGACCCAGAAGCGCUCCUCGAUCCCGCGCCGUCCAGCUCCAGCGAAGGGGAAGAAUCUGAUCUUUCUGGCGCCGAAGACACAAAUGCGGGCCGCGAACACUACGUCGACGUCGGGCGAAGCAAGUUGCGAAAGCCGGGGGUUGCACCGCUGGGCCCAAAAUACACGUCGAGCCGGAUAACUCGCGAUGUCGUAGGGGACGACGAUAGCGAUGAUCCAUUUGCGAGGGCCUUCGACGAGGAGCCUGAUAGCGAGGAGGAGGAUGCCUAUGUGAACGGCAUUGCAGAUGAUGGGGAGAUCAGACAGAGCGAAGGCGAGCAUGACGAAUUGGAUGAAGACGGCGACGAGGACUCCGAUGAAGAGCUGGAGAGUGCGCAAAGCGCAGGAGGGGAGAAUGAAGAGGACGAGGACGAGAACGAGGACGAAGACGAGGAAGACGAUGAAUCUGAAGACGAAUCCGCAACCCAGUCAGCCAAGGUUCGCGAACUGAUGCAAGACUCGAGGUCGCUGACCACAAGCCUCGCCGCUGCACAUCAGACCGAUCUGAGCAAAGCUGCGGCAAUUAAGAUGCAGCGAAAAACUUUUGAUGCCCUUCUCAACACCCGUAUCAAAUUGCAGAAAGCGCUCGUCAGCAUAAAUUCUGUCGCUGUGGAUGCAUACCGGGAAGAGACAGCACCAGACGCUUCCGAGGCCGCAGAGGCAUCUGCACUGCGACUUCUCAGCAAUCUUACAGAUCUAAGAGCUUCACUCGAUGAAGCACGUACGGGACAGAAGCGGAAGCGAACAUCCUUCAUAUCCAGCACGCCACCCUCCGAGAUCUGGGAAUCCAUCCGUGCAUCGGAAUCCAGAGCUUUGCCUCACCGGAAAGCCAUUCUGGAACGAUGGUCCGCAAAGACGCGCGGAGCCUCUCUUGCAUCUGCCAAAGGGCGUCUGAAUGCCGGAGCGCAGCAGAGCCUUACGGACGUCCUUAGCUCCCAAAUCUCGAACUCGCAACGGCUCGUCGAGCGCACCACGGUCCCUCGCUCUUGCGCUCCGCAGCAACUUGCCGCUGGAUCUGCUUCGGAUCUGAAUAUAUAUGAUGAUGCGGAUUUCUACGGCCUUCUCCUCAAGGAGCUGCUCGAAAAUCGCUCAUCUGAUCUCUCAAGCAACGGGGCGGCGUUUGUCUUGGAAGCGCCCUGGAGGCAGGCAAAGACCAAGAGAAACGUGGAUACCAAGGCGAGUAAAGGUCGUAAGCUGCGCUACACGACUCACGAGAAAUUGGAGAACUUCAUGGCCCCAGAGGACAGGGGACUUUGGGGUGACCGUCAACGAGAGGAACUGUUCUCAAGCCUGUUUGGUCAACGACUCGGGCUCGGCGAGCAUGACGAGGUCGAGAGCGAGCAGGAAGAUGGAAUUGAUGCCGAAGAGGACGGUCUAAUGCUAUUUAGAAGCUAGUAUUUCAGAGGUAUCAAACGAGCUUGG